AUAAAAUCGGUGGGUGUGAAAGUUGCGUUGCAUUUAGCCAUUUACCACCAGUUAAAUUAGCCACUGCGAGCUCUCGAACACGGUUGAUCCUGAGGGGAGCAGAGUUGCUUCGAGGCAUUUCCACCGUGGGAUCAAUCAACAAUCGUCAUAACACUUUUCUGACUUACUAUGGCAGCUAAGAAAUCAAGAACUCGCCGGACUAGAGUGGUGCCCGACCGGAGCUAUGACCACCGGCCGUCAAGUUCUAUGGCGGGUAGGAGACCCUCGCACUUCUUCAAGGUCAUACUCCCCUCUACCAUUCGCGACAGGAAACUGAGGAUCCCUGUAAAGUUUGUAAUGGAAUUUGGGGAUGAACUGUCUGCUGUGGCUACACUCACCGAUCACUAUGGUAAUUUUUGGCAAGUGGGAUUGGAGAAAGCCAACAACGGGAUUUGGUUUGAUGAUGGUUGGCAGGAUUUUAUGGAAUACCAUUCUAUUCAUUAUGGCUACUUUGUAGUCUUCAGAUAUGAAGGGAAUUCAAAAUUCCAUGUUCUUGUAUUUGAUAACACUGCAACUGAAAUUCCAUCUACAUGGAGCAAGGAUGGUGAAUUGGAAGAUCCGGUGGACGUAAUGGAAUCAGAUGAUGCAAAAAAAUCAAGGCAUGACAAGUUGACACAAGAAAAUGAAAUGUCUGACCCAGAUAAGCUGUCUGCAAAACAUGAAGUAGAUAGAGGAAGAUACAGUAGGGAAAGAUUUUCUGGCACAUCUUCAAAAGGAAGAGUCUUGAUGCCCACAAGAAGAGAG